AUGAAAACCACAUCAAUAAUUAUUCUUGCUCUUGGUGCUUCUACUGCUUCAGCUGGAUUUUUUGGAACAGCUCCAUGGGGUAAUUCAAAUGCUGGAUAUGAAAAUCAUGGAAGUUCAUUAAAUGAUGCAUCUGGUGCAUGGAGUGGUUUUGAUAAAGCUAAUGCUGGAUACAAUGGAGCUUGGGAUGGUAAAGAAGGUGCACACUCAAUUGGUGAUGCUGCUUCACAAGCUGGAGUAACUGGACAUAACCAAUGGACUAACGGUGGAUCUGAUUUUGCCAAAAACUCGGCAGCAAGUCAUGGUGAAUCUGCAGGAAAUUCUGCCGCCAGAGCAGCUAAUGAUGCUGCUGGAACAAAAAAAUAUUCCUACUUUACUCAAGGAUCAGGUCCUAAUGGUUUUUACUCAAAGGGAUAUUAUGGUUCAAAUGGAUUUGAACAUGAAGCUGCUAAAGCUGCACAAAAUGCCAAUGCUCAAGGAGCUGGUUAUCAAAAAGCUUUUGCUGGUGGUGGUGUUGAUAAUUCACAUGGUGGAAAAUUCUAUGACAAAGCAGCUGCUGCAAGAGAUGGAUUUGGUAGAGGAUAUGAUCGUGCUGGAUAUGGUGGACAAGGUUCUGCUUAUGGAGCUGAUAACUUUGGAAAUGGUUUCAAUAAAGCAUAUGGUGCAUUAGAAGGAGCCUCUGGAGCACAUAACACCGGAUUUUCAAUUUGGGGAUAA